UGUUUGCGCGUUAAUAGUAAAAACGUGUACGGGUAACACCUAAUGCGCAUGUCAGAAGCCGCUGUCAAGAUGGCGGGCAUCCUCGCGCCGCACUUGAUUGGAACAAACAAUUUACGUCUCCUUACUAAUCCUCUCUGAAAAAGGCGCUAUGGAGACUGUUGCCCUGCCAAUGCUGCGAGUGCCAUGAGGGGAAGAAGGUGGGGGGCAAUGAAGUCAUGGCUACAAGACAACCAAAUGUGACCAACAACACAAGUAUAAAGCAAGAAAAGGAAGUGUGAUUAUAAGAAGACGGUGAAGUGAACCUUUGACGUUGGCACAGGACCUACAGUGUGAGUUGGAUAUGAAUCUGCUUUGCUGGGGUAGUGGUGAGCUCGGCCAGACUGGACAUAGUAGGCCAGGGGACACUGGUCCAGAUGAAGCCCAUCUGAGAGAGUUCACAGUGGGGAGGCUGGGAAGGGUGAAGCUGCUGGCAUGUGGAUCCAGUCACUCCAUGGUAAUUACAGUGGACAACAAAAUCUUUGCAUGGGGAAAUGGCACCAGUGGACAGCUUGGUGACGGAGAGAGGGCAGUAAAGGACCGGCCAGUCGAGAUUAAGUUGCCACAGAAACUGAACAUGAAAGGAAGUGGUGCAGAUGUGGAUGUCGUCAAUAUAGUUGGUGUGGCCUGUGGAAGCAGACAUUCCUUCAUAUGGACUGAAACUGGACAAGCCUACGGUUUUGGGAACAACUUUUACGCCCAGCUGGGCUAUGACUUCCAGAGGGCUGACUUCAAAGAGCACCAGCUGGCACCGCGUUUGUUCCAGAAUCUUCCAUCAUCUCUGAAAAUAUCUCAAGUGGCCUGCGGAGAGCGACACACUCUGUUUGCGCUGGGGGACGGCAGCGUGGCGGCAUGUGGACAGAAUGAUUAUGGACAAGUUGGCAGUGGUUCUAAUGAAAAUGCGGUCAUCCCUCGCUUUGUGGAGUUUGUGGACCACGUGUCGAAGGUCACCUGUGGGGCAAACCACAGUCUCGCACUGACAGGUGACGGCAGGUUGUUUCAGUGGGGCUGUGGACGAGCAUGUGGGAACAUAAAGAGGAACAUCCUGUUCCCAGAGGAAGUGAUGCUACCAAGCUCACCAGUGAGAGACAUUGCUGGAGGAUGCUGGCAUAGCCUGCUUCUCACAGAUGGUGGGAAUGUCUUCUCCUGGGGGAUGGGGCAAGAGGGACAGCUUGGACUUGGUGAGGACAGCGUUCACAUCUCCAAUCCCUGUCUUCUGAGCUAUUCUCAGCUAGCCGAGGUCACACAGAUUCAAGCAGGGGAAAGCUACAGUGCAGCCAUUACAGCAGGUGGAGAGCUGCUUCUCUGGGGUCAGAUCCCUUGUGUGUCCCGGGUCAGUGAUCAUCCAGGCCUCAAAAGGCUCUGGACCCCCCAGCCUGUUCCACUGGCAGGCAGAAAGGUGUGUGAUGUGGCCUGCGGCACCUGGCAUAUGAUGGCCCUCACAACAAGGAGCAGAGAGAACAGAGAAUGUGCUCACCCAGAAACUGAAGCUUGCUUCAGAGACCUCACCGGCAAUCCCCUACUGACGGAACACACAGAGAAAGAAAACACAGUGCAAGACUCCAGGCAGGUUCAUCACAAGCUGCUUCAGGGACUGGAGAGACCAGAGGGCUCUGAGGAGCAGGAGAAAGAUGAAGAGAGUGAGAGGGCAGAGGAAGAAGAAAGACUUGAAGAAAGACCAAACAAGGAUGAGGGAGAUGGAGCGUUACACGAUUCAGCAUUUGCCGUGGCCAGGUCCGCAAAGCGAAUGGACAGGAGGGGAAAUAGCUGCUCAUCAAUCAAAUCCGACCAGGGGGAUGUGAGGGAAGGCUGCUGGACAGCGGGGCUGUGGGGGCUGAGGAAAGAACCAUGCAGAAUUAAAGGAAGCAGAGACGUAGUCUUCACCACUUUGCAUCUUUUACCCAGAUCAGCAGGAGAGCAAUGCAGGCGCACUGCCAGCUCUUUGCCCCGGCUGCUGACAGGGCAACAAGUUCAUAGCACAGUUUUAGCUGAGGUUGGAAAGGAAAGGUCUACACAUCUGACUGAUUUGUUCCAAAGACCUGGAAGUGACUGCCGCAUUUUGCAGAGUCCCAGGCUCAGACCCAAACCCACACCCCCUGGAAGAAGUUCAGGCCUUGCUGGACAGAGGGUAUCCUCUUGUCAUCACUCAGGAAUUGGACUACACACUGGGCUUAAGUCUCCAAUCUACAGUCUUUUUCCCCUUCUGAGCCCUGGUCAGCAGGUUAAGAUGUCCUCACCUUCCUUCCGCCCAGAACCACGAGUUGAACCCUCUCCUCCUUUUCCUUCCUCUUCUGAGCCCUUCAGGUACUGCCCAAAACACAAAAGUGUGGUUUCUGCCUCUGACGCUUCAUGGAAGAAUCUGUAAGAAUCUGCAGAUCUGAUCCUUUCCAUCAGUGGUGCUAGAAAAUGUAUAUGAUUUAUCUGAUGUUUUAAUGUUUAAAACAUGUAUGUUUAUCCUUUUGUGUCUAGUUGUGUGAAUGAUUUAAACUCAAUACAUAGAAGUUAUUAGGGUCAAAGCGUUUCUUAGCCAACUGUCCCCAGAAAUGACUGGCCACAGAGUUAGAAUGUGCACUCUGUUAUCCACUGUAUAAUGCUUUUCUGUAGACCACAUAUAAAACUACAUUUUUUGGCUCAAAGGUGACUGGCAAACAGCCUCUUUCGCUCUGCAAGAGUUCUCCAAAACAGACUCCAGAUCAGCAUUAAUGGCCUUCACUUUACCCCACACUGUGAUUUGGCAAAUCUGCCCCUCUUACAAACCAUUUCAGUCAACAAGACUCAUGAACCUUGACCUCAUCUGAAAGCAAGAGACUUUGGUCUUACAGUCAAAGCUGCGUGUGGGAGCUGUACAGUCCUUGAAUCAUUACGUCUUCUUCUUUUUUCCCCCUUUUUUUAGUAUAUAUACUACUGAGACACAUUCAUUGUAAUACUUACAGUAUGUUGUUUAUUAAAGACAUAACAUCGCAUCAGAUCUUGGCCUCUUGUAGACAUUUCACAGUGGAGAGUUUCAGUGUCAGCCCAUCUCUGCAGUAUGAGUCACACAUGCGCAUGAUGCUAUGGCUCCUUUAGUGUGACAUAAUAUUAUAUGAUGGGGUUAAAAUAGGAUCAUUACAGGGAACUGAACUUGUCUGUGUUUCUCAGUG